AUGGUCUGCCUCUACGCAGAAGCCAUAGUCUGCAUGAAUACAGUGUUUCUUCUGUUUCUCGAUGCCUCUUCCUUCAGCAAUCCCAAACUGCGUGCCCUGGCCACGGCCCUGUCCCCAGGCUUCCUGCGGUUCGGCGGCACUGAGACAGAUUUUCUCAUCUUUGAUCCCAACAAGGAUUCAACUUCAGAAGAAAAAAUCCUCUGGGAACUUCAGGCCCACCAAGAGGCUUGUGGCUCAAGGCCUGCGUUUGCUGCUGUUGAGAACCUACUGCUGGCCCAGUGGCCCAGUCAGGAGAAGCUGAUUCUUGCAGAGCAUAACUGGAAAAAGCACAAAAACACCACCAUUACAAGAAAUACGCUGGAUAUUCUCUACAGCUUUGCAAACUGCUCAGGGUUUCACCUGAUCUUUGGGCUCAACGCCUUGCUGCGGAAAGAUGGCUUGCAGUGGGACAGCUCGAACGCCCGGGCGCUGCUGGACUACUGCGCCUCGCAGAGGUACAACAUCUCCUGGGAGCUCGGGAAUGAGCCCAAUAGCUUCAGGAAGAAAUCUGGCAUCUACAUCGACGGCUUCCAGCUGGGGCAAGAUUUUAUUCGCUUACGCCAACUUCUGAGUGACUAUACCCUCUACCGGCACGCGAUGCUCUGUGGUCCUGAUGUCGGGCAGCCCCGAAAGCACACACAGAGACUGCUGAGGAGCUUCCUGAAAUCGGGAGGGAAGGUGAUCGACUCUGUCACGUGGCACCAUUACUACGUGAACGGACGUAGUGCAACGAGGGAGGAUUUCUUGAGCCCUGAAGUGCUGGAUAGCUUUGCCACAGCUGUACACGAAGUCCUGGAGAUUGUUGGUGGGACUGUGCCCAACAAGAAGGUCUGGCUAGGAGAGACGAGCUCUGCUUACGGAGGGGGAGCUCCCAGGCUGUCCAACACUUAUGUUGCUGGCUUUAUGUGGUUGGACAAACUCGGGCUUUCAGCCAGGCAGGGCAUUGAUGUGGUGAUGAGACAGGUUUUCUUCGGGGCAGGGACCUAUCACUUGGUGGAUGCCAACUUUGAGCCUUUGCCGGACUACUGGCUCUCGCUGCUCUACAAGAAGCUGGUGGGUACCAAGGUGCUGCAGGUCGGCCUGGUGGGAGCCGACAAGAGGAAGCUCCGCGUCUACCUCCACUGCACGAACGCCCUCCACCCAAAGUACAGAGAAGGGGAUGUGACGCUGUUUGCCUUAAACCUCUACAACGUUACCCAACAUUUGCAGCUACCGAGUUACUUAUCGAGCAAGCACGUGGAUCAGUACCUCUUACUGCCGCAUGGCAAAGAGAAUAUACUUUCCAGGUCUAUUGAGCUGAAUGGCCGUGUGCUACGGAUGGUGGAUGACAAAACGCUGCCAGAGCUUAUCGAAAAACCCCUUGGUCCCGGCAGCGUACUCGGCCUUCCAGCCUUCUCUUAUGGCUUUUAUGUUAUCAAAAAUGCCAAAGCUAUUGCUUGCAUUUAA